CCUCAAUGUCGACACACAAGCAUGAAGUCUGAGACAACCCGGCCUUGAGGCGAUCUAUUCGUACGUGCGUCCUCAUCAUGUCCAAGCCCAAAAACUGGCCAGACUCUAUUCGAUACCUCAAGGCUCCUCUUCACGCAAAGGAGCUCACCGCCGCACAGUUGGCGUUCCUAAAAAGCAACCCAGACGAGCUCGCGGUCAUCCCCGCCUCCGCGACGCUCACGCCCUCACCAAACGUCAAGAUCCAGACCAUACGGGAGCCAUCGCACCCAGCAAACGGGCAGCAAGGCCUAUACGCCGCGCAGAACCUCAAGCCCGGGUCCUUCAUCCUUGCGUAUCUGGGCCGCGUGCACCCCGGGAGCUCGUCCUCCGCGGAGAGCGACUACGACCUUUGGCUGAGUCGCGGAGAAGAAGCUGGGGAGGAGGAGGAGGACGGGGCCGGUGGUGGUGGUGGUGGUGGUGGUGGUGGGCUGGCCGUGGACGCUGCGUUCGAGGGCAACGAGGGGCGUUUCGUCAACGACUACCGGGGCGUCGGGGAGAGGGCGAAUGCGGUAUUUGGGACGGCGUUUUGCGAGCGCUGGGGCGAGGUGUGCAUGGGGGUCUGGGUCGUGGGCGGGAAGAACGCGGCGGGCAGGGGCAUCAAGAAAGGAGAGGAGAUACUGGUGAGCUACGGCAAAGGCUUUUGGGAGGAGAGGCUGAAGAAGGGUGGUCAAGAGAACGCCGAACGGAGGGAAGAGGGUCAUUGACAGCGCGCUGCAUUGCACGAAACCACCGCAGCCUGCCAUGUACUUUAUAAUUCUUGGCACACUCGAGGGUAUCUCUGAGUAAGGCCUCUCUAGUCGCUCGGGGUAUUGAUGACGGCCUUUUCGCA